GGGGUGCUGUGAGGACCUGCCCUGCCUGACCCCGGGGGGGGGCAGCCCCAGUGCUGAGCUGGAGCCCCGGGAGCACCAAGGUACCAGGAAUGGGAACCGGAAACGGGAACAGGGAAUGGGCCCUCUUGGGCUGUCCGGUCACCACAUCCCAUCCCAUCCAUCCCAUCCUAUCCAACCAAUGUCCGUCCCAUCCCAUCCCAUCCAUCCCAUCCUGUCCAAUCAAUGUCAAUCCCAUCCCAUCCCAUCCCACCCCAUCCAUCCCAUCCCAUCCCAUCCCAUCCCAUCCCAUCCCAUCCCAUCCCAUCCCAUCCCAUCUCACCCCAUCCAUCCCACCCCAUCCAUCCCACCCCAUCCCAUCCCAUCCCAUCCAUCCCAUUCCAUCUAAUCCCAUCCCAUCCCAUCCAUCCCAUCCUAUCCAAACAAUGUCAAUCCCAUCCCAUCCCACCCCAUCCCCUUCCAUCCCAUCCCAUCCCAUCUCACCCCAUCCAUCCCAUCCUGUCCAAACAAUGUCAGUCCCAUCCCAUCCCAUCCCAUCCCAUCCAUCCCAUUCCAUCUCAUCUCAUCCCAUCCCAUCCUAACCAAUCAAUGUCAAUCCCAUCCCAUCCAUCCCAUCCUGUCCAAUCAAUGUCAAUCCCACCCCAUCCCAUCUCAUCCCAUCUCAUCUCAUCCCAUCCCAUCCCAUCCCAUCCCAUUCCAUCUCAUCUCAUCCCAUCCCAUCCAUUCCAUCCCAUCCCAUCCCCUCUGAUCCCACCCCAUCUCAUCCCAUCCCAUCCCAUCCAUCCCAUCCCAUCCCACCCCAUCCCCUCUGAUCCCGUCCCAUCCGGCCCCGGCUCUCACGGCCCGUGUCCCGGCGCAGAGGCGCUGUCGGAGGACGACCUGUACUGCCGCUGCCUGUCCCGCACCCUGUGCCACACGGGCACCCCCGUCACCGUCGGCUUCUUCGCUCCCUGCGGCCACCGGCUCUUCUCGCUGCUGGACAAGGUCACCGGCUUCAUGCGGGAGGAGAUGGCGCAGCGGGAAGCGGCCGAGCUGCGCCGGAGCCACCAGCGGCCGCGGAGCCCCGAGGGCUGGGGGCUGCUCCAGGCCCUUUGGUACUUGGCCUUCUACAAGCCCAUCAUCACCGAGGGCCACCUGAGGAGGAAGAACAUCGAGUUCAUCUUCAUCCGCUUCAGCGCGUGGCAAUACGCGGGUUGCGACAAGCUUUGGGCCGGGCUGGUCACCACCUUGUGCGACAACAUCCGCCACCACUUCGGGGCUCUGCCCCUCAGCGUCUACCACGUCAUGGGCACCCGGCCCCGCUUCGCCUCGGGCUUCAGCCAGAAGGAAUGGGUGCUCAAGAGGGGCACCUGCCUCAAGCUCUGGGCCAUGCUCUUCGUGCUGGCCGCCGGCCUCAGCGUCCUGCUGGUGGCCCUCUUGGUGCCGGGCAUCAAGGAGAACCACGCGCUGAAGGUGGUGGGAAGCGCCAUCACGUCGCUGUCGGGCUCCGGGCUGGUGCUGGGCGCGUUCUCCAUCCUCAAGAACCUGGUGGUGAGCGAGAAGCAGAAGAUCGAGCGCUUGACCAACAGCGAGAGGUUCGCCACCCAGCUGGGCUUCAUGAGCAAGGUGCGCAGCGAGGUGGAGGCGCUCGUGGACUUCUUGGCUUUCAUGGAGAUCUUCGAGCGCCGGCGGCUGCGCGUGGUGCUGGAGAUCACCAGCCUGGACCUCUGCUACCCGGAGAAGGUGGCCGGCGUCCUCAACGCCAUGAACACGCUGCUCUCGGACGCCAACACCCCCUUCAUCUUCAUCCUGGCCGUGGACCCCAGCGUCAUCGUGCCGUGCCUGGAGCAGACGGGCUGCAUGAAGGGUCUGGCCGACAACGGGUACCUCUACCUCAACCGCACCGUGUCGCUGCCCUUCUCCAUCCCGGAGAUGGGCGCCCGCUCCCGCUUCCAGUUCCUGGAAGCCGCCAUCCAGACGCGGGAGGACCUCAUGUACCGCAUCAUCACCCGCAACGUGGAGCGCCGCCGCCGUGCCAAGUGCCCCCACGUCCCCGCCGCCACCAUCGGCCACCGCGACGCCGACGCCGAGGCCGUGCGCUGCAUCCACGAGGCCUUCCAUUGCCUCCACGAUAGCUCCGACCCCUUGUCCCGGUACCUCCCCAGCAGCGGCGCCCACGUCCGCCGCAUCGUCAACACCAUCCCCAUCACCCUGCGGCUGCUCCUGCACCGCGCCGGCGGCUGCGGCGCCCCGGUCCCGCGCGCCGCGGCCGCAUGGGUGGUGUUGGCCGACCAGUGGCCGUGCCGGCUCAACUGGGCGCUGCAGUGCAUGGAAGACGCGUGGCAGAGCCAAGAGGAGCCGGGUUUCGGGGGCAGAUCCUUAUGGAGCAUCUUCACGGAGCACGUGGCGGAGCUGAGCGCCCUGCGGCAGCCGCUGCACAACGCCCUCAGCCUGGAUGGGGACCCGGAGCUCUUCCAGAGCUUCCUGCAGCGGGAUUUCCCCUUCACGGCGCGGGAUGCCCGGGUCCUGCUCGGCGUCACCGUCAACCUGGACCACUCCAUCCGGCACAAGAUGGGGCUCCUGCGCGGGCUCGAUCGGCUGCAGAGAGCAGCGGCCGCCCCGCGGGUGUCCCGCAGCGUCCAGUGUCCCCAUCCCGAGUGACACCAGUGCGAUGGGACACGGGGGGCACGGGGGUGUCCCCGCGCUCCGUGGCCUCAGGGUGCUCCAUCACCCGUGGAGGUGGCUUUGGGGGACAGGGAUGGGGGUGGCUCCGGUCCCAAUCCCAAAAGGAGGCCUCCAGGGGGUGGAACUGGGGGGGGACUGGGGGACUCACAGGGGGACCCAAUGGACACACCCCCCCCCCCCCCCCCCAGUGAGUGGUUCCCUUAAGGGAGGGAUAUGGGGGGAG